AUGGGUAAACAAGCUAUGGGUAUAUAUGUGACAAAUUAUCAAUUGAGAAUGGAUACUUUGGCAAAUAUUUUAUAUUAUCCACAAAAGCCUUUGGUAACGACUAGAUCCAUGGAAUUCUUAAGAUUUCGUGAAUUGCCAGCUGGACAAAAUGCCAUGGUUGCAAUCCUUUGUUAUAGUGGAUACAAUCAAGAAGAUUCAAUCAUUAUGAAUCAAAGUAGUAUUGACAGAGGAUUGUUUAGAAGUAUUUUUUAUAGGAGUUAUAUGGAUCAAGAAAAGAAAGUGGUUAGUGCAUAUACACCUUCUCAAAACACUUUAUUUUAUUUUAUUCAGAGAUGA